CUCCCGUUUAGUGAGACACAGGCAGACAGACAGACAGACAGACAGGCAGGCAGGCAGGCAGAGAGACAGGCAUACGGACUGACAUACAGACCGCCGGACCAUGGACUGGAUCAGGACAGAGAGACCCGUCUCCGGAUGAGACAGGACGGCCUGGCUUCUGUUUUUUGGGGGGACUUAGAUACGUGGAAUAACCGACAACCUAUUGGGAGAUUUAACCCUGUGCUACCCGUGAUGGAAUAUUUACACUCUUCUCAUUUUCUAAAUUUUCUCCUCUUCUCUUCCUCCUCCUUCUCCUCCUCCACUACCUCCACCUCCUCUUCUUCAUCCUCUCAUAUUUUGACACGCUGCUGAAGAUGCGCACGAAUGCGUCUUUUGCGCACUUCCAUUGCGACCAUCACUGACAGCGCCCGUGCUUUAUAACCUUUUGAAACCUGAUUUUUUGAGAAUACAAGGAGAGGGGCGAAAGAGCGAGCGAGAGCGAGGUGUGAAUUGAAUUGAACGCGGUGCUGGUCUCAUGUUUCUCGCCUAGGGCCCGGAUGUACCGAGGGAUGCACCGGUGCGUUUUCCCAACCGGUUCCGCCAAAAGCUCCCUCUUUUUUCUCGCCUUCACCUCCAUCAUGGGGAUUAGCUCCCCCCUUCUCUCUCUUACAUUCACCUAUAGGGAUAACGCCGGACUACAUUUAUGGUAAAUGAAAGCAAAAACAUGUACAUCCCGGAGGACACCCUUGAGAACCAUCAAGGCUCCGACUACUCUCCGCCUCCGCCUCUGCCUCGCCCUGCUCCCCCUGGCCUGACUAAUGAGCACAGUGGUGGUGGUAGCCAUGGCGACCAUGGUGGAGGAGGGGGCGGGGUUAACCACGGGGUCGGCGUGGUUGGCCUGGCCCCAGAGCACAUCCCCACACCGGGGGCGGCCCUCAGCUGGCAGGCGGCCAUUGAUGCUGCGCGGCAAGCGAAGAUGAUGGGCAAUGCCGCAUCGGGCGGAGGGGCGGGACUCGGGUCAGGAGGGGGCGGGCCCAUCUCCACAGCCAGCUCCACGCAAAGAAAGAGACAACACUACAGCUCAAAGCCCAAGAAACAGACCACAACGACAGCCACAAGGCCGCCACGGGCGCUACUCUGCCUCACACUCAAGAACCCCAUCCGCAGGGCCUGUAUCAGCAUUGUAGAGUGGAAACCAUUUGAGAUCAUCAUCCUGAUGACCAUAUUUGCCAAUUGUGUGGCCUUAGCUGUCUACAUCCCCUUCCCUGAGGAUGACUCGAAUGCCACCAACUCCAAUCUGGAGCGUGUGGAGUACCUGUUCCUCAUCAUCUUCACGGUGGAAGCGUUCCUGAAGGUGAUAGCCUACGGCCUGCUCUUUCACCCAAACGCCUACCUGAGAAACGGCUGGAAUCUUCUUGACUUCAUCAUUGUAGUCGUAGGGUUAUUCAGUGCGAUCUUGGAGCAGGCCACUAAGGGGGACGGGGCCACUCCUAUUGGGGGAAAGGCAGCGGGCUUCGAUGUCAAGGCUCUGAGAGCAUUCAGAGUACUCAGACCCCUCAGACUGGUCUCUGGAGUACCCAGUUUACAGGUAGUGUUGAACUCCAUAAUCAAAGCCAUGGUUCCUCUGCUCCAUAUCGCCCUACUGGUCCUCUUCGUCAUCAUUAUCUAUGCCAUCAUCGGCCUAGAGCUCUUCAUGGGCAAGAUGCACAAGACCUGUGUUAACAGCCAUGCAGGCACUAAUGCAGAAGAAAAGCCGGCACCGUGUGCACCUGAUGGAGCAUAUGGUCGACACUGUACACACAACGGAACAGAGUGCAAAGUGGGAUGGGAAGGACCCAACGAUGGAAUCACCAACUUUGACAACUUUGCCUUUGCCAUGUUGACAGUGUUUCAGUGCAUAACUAUGGAAGGCUGGACGGACGUGCUGUACUGGAUGCAGGAUGCUAUGGGCUAUGAGCUGCCAUGGGUCUAUUUUGUCUCUCUCGUCAUCUUCGGCUCCUUUUUCGUUCUCAAUCUGGUUCUGGGGGUGUUGAGCGGAGAGUUUUCCAAGGAGAGAGAGAAGGCCAAGGCACGUGGAGACUUCCAGAAACUCAGAGAAAAACAGCAGCUGGAAGAGGACCUCAAGGGCUAUUUAGACUGGAUCACUCAGGCCGAAGACAUUGACCCAGAGAAUGAAGAUGAUGGCAUUGAUGAUGACAAACCUAGAAACCUGAGCAUGCCCGCCAGUGAGAAUGAAUCAGUCAACACAGACAACGCCCCCGGGGGAGACGUGGAGGGGGAGACCUGCUGUACCCGGCUAGCAAAUAGGAUCUCCAAAUCCAAAUUCAGUCGAUACUCCCGGAGGUGGAACAGACUAUGUAGAAGGAAGUGCCGGGCAGCUGUAAAAUCCCAGGUUUUUUAUUGGCUGGUCAUCUUUCUGGUUUUCCUCAACACCCUGACCAUUGCCUCUGAACAUCACCAGCAGCCUCAGUGGUUAACCGAUGUACAAGACAUUGCCAACAAGGUUUUGCUAGCACUCUUCACUGGUGAGAUGCUGUUGAAGAUGUACAGUCUAGGCCUACAGGCAUAUUUUGUUUCGCUAUUUAAUCGCUUCGACAGUUUUGUAGUAUGUGGAGGGAUUCUUGAGACUAUUCUGGUGGAAACCAAGAUCAUGUCUCCUCUCGGCAUCUCUGUUUUACGUUGUGUACGCUUGCUGCGAAUCUUCAAAAUAACCAGAUACUGGAACUCCCUGUCCAACCUGGUGGCCUCGCUGCUAAAUUCAGUCCGCUCCAUCGCUUCCCUGUUACUGCUGCUCUUCCUCUUCAUCAUCAUCUUCUCCCUACUGGGCAUGCAGCUCUUUGGGGGAAAAUUCAACUUUGACGAGACCCGACGCAGCACUUUUGAUAACUUCCCCCAGUCCCUGCUCACUGUGUUUCAGAUUCUAACAGGAGAGGAUUGGAACUCUGUCAUGUACGAUGGCAUCAUGGCAUACGGUGGUCCGUCUUUUCCUGGCAUGCUGGUCUGCAUCUACUUCAUCAUCCUUUUCAUCUGUGGAAACUAUAUCCUACUCAAUGUCUUCUUGGCCAUCGCUGUAGACAAUCUGGCAGAUGCAGAGAGCCUAACAUCUGCUCAGAAAGAGGAGGAGGAGGAGAAGGAGAGGAAGAAACUGGCCAGGUUGACCAGCCCAGAGAAGCGUCAGGAUAAUGAAAAACCUCCUCUGGAGGAAGAGAAGAAAGAGAAGAUAGAGCUGAAGUCUAUCACCUCUGAUGGGGAAACCAACACUGCUACAAAGAUCAACAUGGAUGACUACUGUGGAGAUGAGAGUGAAGAGAAGAACCCAUAUCCUGCAAAUGACUACAUAGGAGACGAUGAUGAUGAGGAACCAGAGAUGCCUGUAGGCCCAAGACCACGGCCGCUGUCUGACAUCCAGCUGAAGGAGAAGGCAGUUCCCAUGCCUGAGGCCCGCGCUUUCUUCAUUUUUAGCCACACCAAUAAAUUCAGGGUUCUGUGCCAUAAGGUUGUCAACCACAACAUCUUCACCAACCUCAUCCUCUUCUUCAUCCUGCUCAGCAGUAUCAGUUUGGCAGCAGAGGACCCCGUGAAAAAUGACUCCUUCAGAAAUAAGAUCCUGGGCUAUGCAGACCAUGUCUUCACUGGGCUCUUCACAAUAGAAAUCAUUCUUAAGAUGACAGCCUAUGGAGCUUUCCUCCAUAAAGGUUCAUUCUGUAGAAACUAUUUCAACAUUCUGGACCUGGUGGUGGUGAGCGUGUCCCUCAUCUCCUCUGGAAUACAACUAGACUUCUCGACGUCCAGCGCAAUUAACGUAGUGAAGAUACUGAGAGUUCUGCGAGUGCUCAGACCACUGAGGGCCAUCAACAGAGCCAAGGGGUUAAAGCAUGUAGUGCAGUGUGUGUUUGUGGCCAUCAGGACCAUUGGCAACAUUGUCAUCGUCACUACACUGCUCCAGUUCAUGUUUGCUUGUAUUGGGGUGCAGCUCUUCAAGGGCAAGUUCUUCUUUUGUACUGACAGCUCUAAACAGACUGAGGCAGAGUGCAGGGGUUCCUACAUCAUGUACAAGGACGGUGAUGUGGGGAAACCUGAACGAGCCCAGAGACACUGGGAGAACAGUGACUUUAAUUUUGAUGAUGUCCUCCAAGGCAUGAUGGCUCUGUUUGCUGUGUCCACUUUUGAGGGCUGGCCAGGGUUACUGUACCGUGCCAUAGAUUCUCAUGCUGAGGAUGUUGGACCCAUCUACAACUACCGCGUGGUCAUCUCCAUCUUCUUCAUCAUCUACAUUAUCAUAAUCGCCUUCUUCAUGAUGAACAUCUUCGUCGGUUUCGUCAUCGUUACAUUCCAGGAGCAAGGAGAGCAAGAGUACAAAAACUGUGAACUGGACAAGAACCAGCGUCAGUGUGUGGAGUAUGCCCUGAAGGCACGUCCACUGCGCCGCUACAUCCCUAAGAACCCCUACCAGUACAAGGUGUGGUAUGUGGUCAACUCCACCUACUUUGAGUACCUGAUGUUCACACUCAUCCUUCUCAACACCAUCUGUCUGGCCAUGCAGCACCAUGGGCAGACCAAAAAUUUCAAUGAUGCCAUGAACAUUCUCAAUAUGCUCUUCACUGGACUCUUCACUGUGGAGAUGAUCCUUAAACUGAUCGCCUUCAAACCCAGGGGAUACUUUAGUGAUCCCUGGAAUGUGUUUGAUUUCCUCAUCGUAAUUGGCAGCAUAAUAGACGUCAUUCUCAGUGAGAUCAACCCAGCUGACUCCUCCUCGUCUUCGUCCUCCUCCUCUUCGUCCUCCUCCUCCUCCUCUUCCUCCUCUCACCCCCCUGUGGUAAGGCCAAUGGUACGCUCCGACGGUAACCUCGUCCGCCUCCCUUCCUCCUCCACCAUCCCUACAUUCCUUCAUCCUUCCAUCCCUCCUUCUACCGCAUCAUCCAGGGGACUGCAGAACUCUGAAGAGAACGCCAGGAUCUCCAUCACCUUCUUCCGGCUGUUCCGCGUGAUGAGGCUGGUGAAGCUGCUGUCUCGCGGGGAAGGGAUUCGGACCCUGCUGUGGACCUUCAUCAAAUCCUUCCAAGCUCUGCCCUACGUAGCUCUGCUUAUAGUGAUGCUAUUCUUCAUAUACGCAGUCAUUGGCAUGCAGAUGUUUGGUAAAAUAGCGCUGCGAGACAACACACAGAUCAACAGGAACAAUAAUUUCCAGACGUUCCCUCAGGCAGUGCUGCUGCUGUUCAGAUGUGCAACGGGUGAGGCGUGGCAGGAGAUCAUGCUGGCGUGCUCACGCAUGCGGCCAUGUGAGAAAGGAUCAACUAAUGAGAACAGCACUUCCAAUGAGGACUGUGGCAGCCAGUUCGCCAUCAUUUAUUUUGUCAGCUUCUACAUGCUCUGUGCCUUUCUGAUCAUCAACCUGUUUGUGGCCGUCAUAAUGGAUAACUUUGACUAUCUGACACGAGACUGGUCAAUUCUGGGGCCUCAUCAUCUUGAUGAAUUCAAGAGGAUCUGGGCUGAAUAUGACCCUGAAGCAAAGGGGAGGAUAAAGCAUUUGGAUGUAGUUACGCUGCUGCGAAGAAUCCAGCCUCCUCUUGGCUUUGGAAAGCUCUGUCCACACAGGGUGGCCUGCAAGCGUCUGGUAUCGAUGAACAUGCCCCUAAACAGUGAUGGGACAGUGAUGUUUAAUGCCACUCUCUUUGCUCUGGUCAGAACUGCGCUCAGGAUAAAGACAGAAGGUAACCUGGAGCAGGCCAACGAAGAGCUAAGGGCCAUAGUGAAGAAGAUUUGGAAGAGAACCAGCAUGAAACUCCUUGAUCAAGUAGUACCGCCCGCUGGUGAUGAUGAGGUAACGGUCGGGAAGUUCUAUGCUACGUUCCUCAUCCAGGAAUAUUUCCGGAAAUUUAAGAAGAGGAAAGAACAAGGGCUGGUGGCCAAGGUGCCUCCAAAAACAGCCCUUUCUCUGCAGGCGGGCCUGCGGACAUUACAUGACAUUGGCCCAGAGAUUCGGCGAGCCAUUUCUGGAGACCUAACUGUGGAGGAGGAGCUGGAUAAAGGGUUAAAGGAGCCCGUAUCAGCAGCAUCUGAGGACGAUAUCUUCAGGCGCACAGGGGGUUUGUUUGGGAACCACGUCAACUACUACAACCAGAGUGAUGGACGGGGUUCCUUCCCACAGUCCUUCACUACCCAGCGUCCCCUGCACAUCAGUCAGAAGGGCUCACCUUGUGAAGGCGAGAGCCCGUCUCAUGAGAAGCUCAUGGACUCCACCACGUUCACCCCUUCCUCUUACUCCUCAUCAGGCUCCAACGCCAACAUUAAUAAUGCCAACAACACUGGUAUGGCAGGGGUGGCAACCCAGGGCAUCAGCAGAUUCCCAAGCCCGUCCAUAAGCACUGUGGAUGGGCACACGGGACAGCCACUCACCCCCAUCCUGCUGCCAAGAUCCGCAUGGUGCUUCCCUCCAAAGAGGACGUGUUUUUAUGACUCCCUCAUGCGCUCGGACUCUAGUGACAGCCAUCUGCCAAUCAUCCAGCGAGGGGAGGGGUCAACAGAAGAGACCUACGAUGAGAGCUACACUGACGACAGGGAGUACCACGAGGACGACCACUCACUCUCCUCUGACAUGCUGGUGUAUCAUGAUGAAACGUGUAAGCAGUUGACUCCCAUGGAGGAAGCAGAGGAGGUAGAAGACAGAAGAGGGGGAGGAGGAUGGCAGUCUCCCAGGAGAGUCUUUCUCUGUCCCACUUCUCUGGGGCGGAGAUCAUCCUUCCAUCUGGAGUGUCUCAGGAGACAGUCAAAGCCAGAUGUCUCCCAGAAGACAGCUGUACCCCUACACCUUGUACAUCAUCAGGCUCUGGCAGUCGCAGGGUUGAGUCCUCUGCUAAGAAGGAGUCACUCACCCACCCUCUUCAGCCGGCUGUGCUCCACGCCUCCAGCCAGCCCCACAGCGCAUGGCAGUGAUGCCUCCUACCAGCGGGUGCCCUCUCUGAGGCUAGAGGGCUCCAACUCCCAUGAAAAGCUCAAUACCAGCUUGCCCUCGGUCAACUGUGGGCCCUGGUACAAUGACAGUAAUGGGAACAGCCGGGUGCCCACUCCUAGCCCCACCCCCAGAGUGUCAGCGUCCAGUCAGAGAGCGCAGAGGCCGGUGUCACUGACAGUGCCAUCGCUACUGGGAAAAGACUCCAGCUCACUGUCUCAUGGCAGCGCAGGCAGUCUAGUGGAGGCGGUGCUAAUAUCAGAAGGUUUGGGCCAUUUCGCCCAAGACCCAUCUUUCAUUGAGGCGACCAAAGCCGAGUUGGCUGAUGCCUGCGACAUGACUAUCGAAGAGAUGGAGCAUGCCGCCAACAACAUUCUCAAUGGCAACUCCACAACAACUGCCACACCCAGCACUUCCUCCACCUCCCAGCACAGCCCCAACGGCAACCUGCUCCCCCUCCACACAGCAGCAGCAACACACAGAGACCGAAGGGUCAGUUUGAGUGCCAGUGAAGGCGGGGCGGAGGCCGGAGGGAGCAGAGGCUCUGUCCACGGACCGUCGUCAGUGGAGGAGCGUCAGGAACUGCUGGCAGGGGCGAAAGGACAGGAAGAGGAGGAGGAAGAGGAAGGAGGGAGGGCGGAGGGGCACCAUAGAGGCUCCGUUGUGAUUGGAGGUGCACGGCAGAGGAACAGCGGGCUGUUGGAGGAUGAAGAUAUGGAGUGUGUAACAAGUUUGUAGGAGUCAGCUCGACGGGUUCAAUCAGCCGACUCGCCCCUCUGACAUCAUCAGAGACUGACACUUGUCAGUGGUGGGUAACAGCGCCGCAGCUGGCUCUGUCUGUCCCCGCCCCCAACACACACACUGUCUGCCUCUCUGCCAGAUGUGACCGUUCUGGACAAUGGCGGCCAGUGACGCAACCUUAAACACCUGAUUAUGAAUUUGUCAGUUUAUAUGAGUUUGUAUGUGUGUGUUUGUAGUAAAGUACCGCUCUGUACUCUAUUUUAUUUGAGCGUAUGCGUGUGUGUGGUUUAUGAUUUUCUCUAUUUGUACAUGUAUGUUGUGUACAUGUAUGCGUGUGUUUUCCACACGUGUCUGAGUGUGUCUCUAAAGUGCCUCACAGUUUUAUCAUGUCCUCAGAGAGUGAAGAGCAGAAAUGAAGCAAAAACGAGGGAAGGGUGGAAGGAAGUUAACAGAAGCAGGACGUCAUAUAUGAAAGUCCUGCAGACGACAUAGUAUGUUUAUUGUUUUCAUUUCCUACUUUGGUGUUGUGUUAUUGUUGUUUGUCUGGCCGCCAUGAAGCCAGGUAGGGGACAGCAGACCAGCUCUUGGAGGAUCAGUUAAGGAUUAAAAUCUGAUCACACCUACUGGAGGUCAAAGGUCAACCCCUCCUUCUUGUUUCACUGAUGAUGAAGCGCUGUAUUGAGUAAACGGGGGCAAGCAAAUCCCUGUUUGGAAUCUCAUUUCUCCUCCUUUUCCAAAGCUAUGGAACCUUGGAGCACAGCCCUGCCAGCCUGGGGGUGGGAUUUAGGUGACACACCACCCCUAGCCAAGGGGGGGAAGGAUUUGAGGGAUGGACCAACAGCCAAAACAGGGCUGCAGCAGGGGGCCACUGGCAGAGACACUCUCUGGCCAACAGGAAGCUAGCCAGCUCAUUACUGCUGGUUUGUAAAAUGCCAGCGAGACAAACUUGUGUCGUCUGUCACCUUGAUCUGGCUUUGCCUCCUCCACCGCUUUUCCUCGUUUGGCCACACCCAUUUUUUGCCCCAGGCGGAAAAUGGGAGGAGCGUUUGGUGGCUAAUCAGAGACAGCGAGCCCCCUUUUCUGCCUCAUACCUCGCCGUUCCUCAUUCCUCCCUCUCUCCUUCCUCCCUCCCUCCCUCCCUCCUCUUUGGUUAUUGCACCUGUCCCUCUCCCUCCAUUGCUGGGUUGAGUCCAUUUUUGCUUUUACUGCCCUCGGGGAGGUAUGUGUGUGUAUGAGUGUGAGUGUGUGUGAGUGUGUGUGUGAGUGUGUUGAACAGGGCAAAAGAUUUGGAGGGUGGAGGAGCAACAUGGAGUGACCGAUUGAAAGGAGAACAGACUCUGGGCAUGGAUCUUCAGAGGAUCUGUCCGUCAAUCAACCUCACUUCCUUCUCCAAGACCCUCCUCUUCCUCUCAGCGUGGAAUUCUAUUGGAUUGCUGCCACACACUCUCUCUACAGACCACGCCCACUAUGUAUUUAACAGUUUAAUAUUGUGCAAAACUGGCUAGCCAUGACUAUUUUGUUUUAUAUUCAUAAUGUUAUUGGUUUAAUUUAUCCUUGAUUUGUUUGUACACUCGGGGUGCUGGUCUUAUAAAUGUAUUUUUGCUCGGUUUAUUUUAGGAGAAUUUUAAGAGGUUUUAAGUAUCGAAGCAGGGCAUAGUGUUUGCGUACGAGUGUAUAACUUUAUCUGUGCGCGUGGGUGUGUGUCUGCGUUUUAGUACAGGACGUAUGCGUGCACGGGUGUAUGAGAUAGCGUGUGUAUCUAAAAGGGGGGUCUUUCUCUCUAUCAGUAUGCACCUUUUACAGAUUGUAUCUAUUUAUUUAUUUAUUUUUCCCAGAAGAGAAAAAAAUGUGUGUGAGGAUGCUUGUUUGUGUGACUGUGUGUUCGACUGGUUACUUAUGUAUCUCUAAAAAGCUGAUUUUAAGCCUAGACAGUAAAUUAAGGUAGCAUUACAAGUAUGGUGUUGUGUGUGUGUGUGUGUGUGUGUGUGUGUGUGUGUGUGUGUGUGUGUGUGUGUGUGUAUGUGUGAUAACGGGCCUCCUUAACACAGGGUUACCAUGGACAGGCAUGCUUCCAAAGCUUUGUGAUUUCUUUAGCACGGUUUUUUACUUUUUAGCCAAGCUGCAGAGUCAAAAGCCACUCUUAUCUUUGAAAAUUACUCAUUGCAUAUUUUUCUUUCUGUCUAGAGGUAACUAGGCUUGAGGUCCGAGUGAAGGUCAGGUUUACAUCGGUGAUGAGUUUCGGUGUUGCAGCUUGGUCAGAGGGUAACAAGCCUUUGCCAGUUGCUGCUUUUCUUCUUGGUGGAUGGUAGCUCUGAGUGGGUCGAAGCGCCAAAUACUGCCACACAGCAAAGAGGUGGCAUCGUGAACGCUUGGCUGUAAUUCAUCGUAAUCAUAUGAUUUCGUCACUUAAUCAUAGUUAAAACCUCAGUUGAACUACUAGGGCUGGUGAACAGAUGCUGCAAGACUUCUAAAUCACAUCUCUUUAUCUGGGGUCUGCUUACAACAUGAAAUAAUAUGGUUUAUUAUCAUUAGAGAUAAACACAUUUUCUUGUCUAUAAUAUAAUUUUAUGACAAAACUCAUAACUCAAAAAGUAUAUUACAGACAGGAAAUUUACUGAUAACUGAUAAGAUAUAAUGAUUGUUUGGUUAAUGUAAUAAACUAUUGGAUAUUGAUCAGAAACAUUUUGCCCCGGAUUAUCCCUUAGAGGGAUUUUAUUGUGACUUUUCUAUUUCCAAAUGCUUCUAGAUAGCAUGCAGACAUUUUAGUUUGGAUUUUAUCUAUUUCAGUCACACACCUUAGUUUGGAUCCUGUUUUGUAAAGACUUGACCACAGUUUGUCAUAUUCAGCUAGGAACACACACAUAUCUUCCCCAAAAUCAUCACAUCACUGGUACUAAUUCUUAAAGCAUGUUAUAGGGAUUUAAACUGAAAGUUCAGCUAAAGAAGACACCCAGGUAGAAUUAGUCUCACAUUUACAAACAUCUCAAUGCCUUUAGUCUAACAGAAGAAAAUGAUCUCCAGCAAAAGUCAGUAAUGGAAUGUCUUAUUGAAUUUACCAACAGGGACUGACUGCAGAGCAGGUUUUUGGCAGGAAGGGUAUGCAUGAGCACACUGCCAUACACUGCAUCCUGUGCCAGUAACAGACUUCUGACAUUAUGCAAACUAAAUGUGAAUGUUGAGUAUGUAUUUAGUGGCAGUGCUGUUGUUGUUUUCAAGUUCUGAUCAUUAUAUGAACCCUGCAGAAGUCUGCAGUAUCACAAGGAUAUCCUCUCAGACAUUUUGAUCUUUUUUUCUCACCUAAGACCCUUGACUUCAUAAAAUAUAACAUAAAAGAUUUUUUUUCUGUCUAAUAAUUUGGUAUCAUAAGCUAACAAGCUACUCAGUGGCUAGUGACAUAUGAGUUUCAGUAUAAGCUGCUUUUUAGUCAGAUGAUAAGUCUAAAAGUGAGAAAGACGGAAUGAAGUACUAUUGAAAGAUAUUACUGCAUUUGUGCAAAGCAGGAUUUCAUGUUUGUGCUCUGGUUGUGGUUCCACACAAUGAUCCUUUAAGACGGCUGAUUUCUCCUCCCUAUUGUUGAAUUUGAUUAAAAGUAAGGAAUAUUGGUGAUGAAUGUAAACAGCAAGCACCUGAACUGUAAAGUAUUGUAUCCAAGCUGGGGCAGUGAAUAUUUCUGCUGUUACUCAGCUAGUAGAGCAACAGGUAUGAACAUUAAUCUCUUCAAGCUGUUUUGAUUAGAUGGAAAAAUGGAAAUUAAUCUUUACAUUGUCACAGAAUAGCUCUCAGAUUUUGCCACAGUAACAAUUAAAAUGGUUUGGCUGAAGUUAAAUUCAUGAUAAAAUUCAUCAUCACCUCCUAUGUUGAUAAAACAACAUAAAUAAUGCACAGAAACUAGAUUGUUACUAAUUCGCUCUUAUGUCAUCACAUCUUAUAAACAUAUACAGAGUAACCCUGCCUGUCAGAAGUGCCAAACCAGGCUUAGUCGUGUCUGAGGCUCUGUGUUUUCACAAAGAUGCCAGUCAGCUUUUCACUGGCCUGCGGUGCCCUGUGUGGACUGGAGCAGCAGUGUGGUUUUUGUGUUCUAUCUAGGUUAGCAUGUACUAUGAGGUGAUGUGUUGCAGUAUAUGGUAUGAGUGGGUGUAAUCCUGCAUCCCACAAGAUAUGCAAAAACAAUGCAAUAACUAAGACUGUAUACAAGGUUCCUGAAGUAAAUAUACUUGUGGAAGUGAUGUUUUUUUUUUUUUUUUUCUGUUUGUUGCAUUUCUAAGUAAACUCGGUGGUUUCCAUGGCAGAGAAACCGUACAUACUUGAAAUCAGGUACAUUACAGUGCAGUAUAGUAAAGAUGUAUUUAUUGUUUUCUUCUUGUGCCGGGGUGUUGGAUCUGCAUCCUUAGUCAAAAAUGUGUAUUAAGACAGUGACUUUAAAUUGUCUUUGCUUGUGGUUUAACAUCCAGCCAAUGGAGAAUGAACAGCUGUACUGUUAUUCAGAUGAUUGAGCAGCAAAAACAGCGACCUCCCUGACCUAAUACUCAUUGGCUGUUCCCCUAUCUCUCAUCUUUUUCCCAGUUAGUUGGUUUGUACCAUCAGUAUUGCAUGAGGUUCACAUGUUGAUAUAUGAGCGUGCCAGGUUUUGCAUUCCUUUAGUUUUUUAUCAGGUUAAGUAUCAUAUCACUUUUUGACAGAGUAGCUGUUUCUAUUUGAUGUACAUACAAUGAACGUCAGUAUUUCUUAUGGCUGUGGACACCAGACACAGGGCUUUUGGAGGGUCAUUUUGCAUAUCUUUUGUCUAUGGGCUCUUGUUUGAUCAUUUGACCCUAAAUCCGGAGAAAGAUAGAGGUUAUAAUUAUGUAACAGUGGAAAAUGAAGACAAAUAGAAAGCUACAGUAUUAAUAGUCCCCAUCUGAGAUAGGUGUCCCAGGUUUGUUUCUCUUGGUUAAAUGUGGUUACACUUUCCUCUAUAUGUGUUGCCAUAGGUUUUUGUUAACUUUACACUUUGUUGUUAAAUUCAACCCUUUUUAUCUGCUGAAAUGUGGAAAAGACGGACCAGUAGGAUUAAUAUGAAAGGGACCAAAUUACUCAUAAUUAGGCGGAAUAGCUCACUGUAGAUACUAACUAACAUCUAAGGCUGUGAAUGAGGCUGCAGCCUCCAAAAAUAAACACUUAAAAUUACAGUUAAAACAUCAAUAAUUUACUGAAGUGUAAGUAGGACUUGAGCGAUCGAAUGCCAGGUUUCUGAUAGACGGAUGACAAUCUAGUUGCAGGUUGACUGGCUGUUUAGGCCUCGUAUGUCAAUUAAAACAGAUUUUGUGGAACGUUUUGAGGGGUUAUAGAAGGUUUAUUUCAUUCUGUUUGGAUUUCAGGGUGGUGAAUAAUAUAUCGAAGUAAUAUUUUAUGUGCAUGGGUUUCUCUCUAUGGGGAUAUAAAGUAUUGGUCCUAUGUGAAUGAUGAUAUCUUUUGUCUCACCACUAGCCAAUGAUUGUAUAUUUUUAUAUACCAUAUAUAGCAAAGUAUAAACAAAUAUAUAAUAUUUAAUCACCAGAAUGUUAGUGUAAGGAAAAGACAGGACACUUAUUUGGGAAUGUAGUUAAUGACAUUUUGGAAAUGAAGAUGUGUUAUACAGGCCUACUGACCUGAGGUCAGUAUGAAUUUAAUGUCAAAAUCCACUGACUGUAUGUUUGACCAAAAGGAACCAGCAGGGAAUUAUGUAAUUAGAUUUCCACAGAAGGAAGCAUUGGAGCUGAUGGUAUGCGUAUUAUAGGGUAUAUGAACAGCAGACUGGUUGAUACCAAAAGACUGUGGCUGGAGUUGUUAUAGUUGCUGUUUUAUUUAACCCUUAAAGACCUAGAACUCUUUUUGUGGCAACUUACAAAUGAUUUUUGUCUCUACAUCUAAUCUUUCCUACACAGUUUAUCACCAUUUAUUAUAAAAUUAGCAAAUUUGUAUUUUUCAUUGAAAUUCAGACAUUUUCCUACAUUUAAAUUACUGACCAUAUAGAUAGUUAAUUCAAAGGCAAUUAUAUGAAAACAGUGACAACCGGAGAAAAAGUGACUAUUUUAGUAAAAUCUAUCAUUAACUGAACAUAAAAACAACAUCCACUGUCAUAUGUCGAACUACAUGGGUUUUACUGGUGAAUCGAUGUUGUAGAAGAUGAUGGUGUUUCUGCGUUCAGUAUGGAGCCUCUGAACAUCCAAAUAAGACACAUCUGAUCAUGUUGGAAAGCUGAAUUAUGGAAACAUACUGAUAGAAUUAGUGGUUCUAAAUUCAACAUUUUAGAUCAGUAGAUGCUUUUGGUUGCUGACAGCUGUUCAGGUCUUUGAGGGUUAAAUCAUCUUUACCACAGCGGGGAGCACUGGAAAUGUAGCCAUUCCCAGUGCUGUGAGUCCAGUAUUCAGACGCUCUUUAUUUGGUUUUUAAAAACAUUCUUUACAAUGGACAACUUCUAGAAAUAAUACCUUUUCAGCUGUGCUUUAGGGUAACAGAGUGGUCUAAAAUCUGACAUGCUCAUGCUUGUCUUUGUUUUCUGUUUUGUGGCAUUUGCUGAAACACGUUAAACUACCAGCAACCUGUCAGAGCAGGUCAGAGUCUGGACAUUUUCCUACUGUAGCACUGAGAGACAAGACUCUCUCAUUUAUUAGUCCUUCAUCAGUGAAUCACACAUGUACACUGUACAUUCUUGCAAAUACAUAUUAUUUUAGCGAUUAAAAACCAAAACAUAACCAAAAAACACACCUGUCAAGGACUAAAUCUCUAUGCUUUGAGCCAUCUAAAUCAUGUAGCGUCUAUUUUAUCUUCCAAAAAGAAUUUGGAGAACUUGAACAACGUCUUUGUAGAGUAAUUCUCAUCGGACACAGACAGGAAAGUAAAAGGAGGAGUGAUGUGGCUGUUGUUUAUGCAGCAAUAAGAAAAGAUCUGCCGGUUUUGGUCCAGAGGAGAGAAUUUUAUCUGAAACUGUUGUGGCACAUUUGGUCUAUACAUGUUUUCUAAGAACAGGAAUCCACUAAACAUUGAUAGAGAAGAGCUGUGUACACGACAGAGGAAUAUUUGAGCUGCUCUGUGUUGAAUAGAUGCCAUGUAACAUUUUAACAAAACACUUUACACAUAUAUAAUUUUAGAGUUGAAGGUUGAUCCUUGUGUGUGUUACGUGAAGUGCAGCAGAGUGAAACUGGUGAGCAGGAGUCGUGUCUGUUUUCCUGUCUCGUCACACAGAUUCCUUUACUGGAUCUAGCGUCGCUGCAAAAAGAUAUACGUUAUAUUUUCUUGUAAACGGAACUGUUUGUUGAUCAUUGUUUGAUCCCGACAAAAGUAUUUCAAGAUGACUAUUUUGAAUAUAGAUUUUAUUUUCUUUUUUUCGAGAAAACCUCAGCAUAGCCUGUUGUUGUAGGAUUCUAAUUAAAGCGAAUUAAAACAUGAUUUCCUUUUGUGGAGAAACAAGAGAAAAACCAUCUCUUUGUUUUUCUGUUGUACAGAUUUUACUUGAUUCAGUGCUGAUGAACACUUUACAAAAGGAGAAGAGGGAAUAUAUUAUAAAAUAUAUAAUGUCUAUUUUAUAUAUUCUACAUAGAAACACUUUAUCUAAAUGAUAAGAUAUAAAAUGAUAGGUUGGAUACUGUGGUCUGUAAGAAGGUUAAAAGAGGGAAAAAUGCCCAGAGGAGUUGGUUAAGUGUCAUUCUGUGAAUCAGAUGAUGACAUUUUCUGUGAAGGACCCAGUUGAACCAUCAGCUGAUUGUUUUAUUAGGCUGAGAAUUCAUUAUUGUUAAGUUUCCUUUGUGUGAAGAUUUGCCUUUGUCUGCUUCUGAACAAGACCGUAGUGAGGAACACAAUACAUGCAAUGACAGGAUGAAGGUGAGGGUGGUCUUCUUCAUUAAACCCCACACAUACUAUUAGAUCAUUAGACACAGCUUUAAGAUGACAAGAAAUACACCUCACUGGAAGAUGAUACACAGGAAAAUUCCAAGUUACUGUAUGCAUUUUAAAGGCAAAGUUAUUUCACUGUCACACAGUAGUCGGUUUCAGCGGUCUGGAAGCGUGACGAUACCCUCUGCAUCCACCACUGCACUGGCCCGUGGUCACGCUCAAACCGCUGGAUGCUUUCACAUAGGAUGUUCAUGCAUGGUAGUUUUCAUAGACGCAUGUAAAGUUUUCAGCACUCAGUCAGGAAAUGUUUUAUUUUUCACACAAGUCUAGUUGGUUGAGGAGCAAAACUAUGACUGGUGUCCCCUCUGACAACCAGUGUCCCAGAUAGAGGAGCUCAAUAGAUUUAGAGAAGUCACCCAUCGUGUAGCAGCACCUCUAUGUGAACAUUUACGAUGACUGUUUUGUUAAGAUUGUUAAUCAUAGAAGAUCCCUGUUUGCACAUAAUAGAAAACCACAAAUCCAACACAAAGGUCAGUGUGUGUUUGUGUCUGAGCAGAGCUUUGCCUGGCUGUUUUUUUGUACCACCUAGUGUUUCAAAUAACUUUUCUUAAAGGUGGCAGCAACAUCCCAAUGCAGACUGUCAGUGGAUCUGCCAUUAAAAAAAGCUCAUCUUCAGUCAUCUGUGCUCAGAGUGGACUAAAAGGUAGAACUGUGGAUUUUACCUGGAAGAGCUACUUAACAUCGCACCAUGAAUGAUAAUUAUUUCUACACUGUCCUCCUUGAAUGUAGGACGUGGUAAUGUUCAUGCAGGCAUUGAAAACCCAUGAUUAUUAAUAUUAUAUUGUUAUUUCCAGGCCUCUUGUUUCAUAGAGGUUGGAAACAUUUGCCAGCUAUGUGAGUUUUGAUGAGCACAGACAUGAAAGGUCGUGAUUCAACUCUUUGCUGACACUGUUGAUCUUGACAAAACCUGGUUCUGACUGGUUUUGUCUGGGUUCGAGAACCAACCGAGGGUCACAUUUGAGCACAAAGAGUGAGAAACCCAUGGGUCUUGUAUGUCUGUGUGUAAAUGCAGCUUUAAUGAAUGAGUUGGCCCAUCUGAGCGCAUCAUGUACAUUGUUAGUGUUUUUCUUCUGUGGGUUAUAGACAUGCCUCUUUAACAGCAUGCAGGCAUAAACUAAAGUUUGCUUUUACCUGAGGCAGUAUCGUCCCAGCCUUGUCCUGAUGACUCAGUGGCAGGAGAUGCUCUGCUCUACAUGCAGUUGUGUGUUUUGUGUAGAUGCAGGGCCGUGGUUCUGUCCUCCACAGGUCAAUAGUGUCUUCUGAUCUCGUUUUCAGUCUUAUUUCAUAACUCAUGCCAAGUGUUCAAGAGCCUUUGACGGGAUUGAGCUGUUUCCGUUUCCUUUAGUUGUGUUCAUUUCCAUCAACAGAAGUCUACUAGUUUUUUUUUCUUUAAUCGGAGAGAGGUGUUCACACAGAGACCAACAACCUAUUUGUUGUAAUAUUAGUAGUGACGCUACUGUAAAAUGUAGUAUUUAAUAACAGCACUAUGUAUGGUCAAAAAAUGAACUAGAAUGUGUUAUUGUGCUUGCGGUAGCUUUGGAGGCAGGUGGCAAUUUUGUAAUGAGUUCUUUAACAUAAGCCACUCCCCCUCACCUGCGUGAGGGAUUUCAUAGGUUCCGAGGUUGCAAAGUGACACUGGCCCAACACCAUUUGGUUCCCUCAGUUACCAUUCUUCUCCUUGGUGACGACUGCAUGGUCUCACAUUGACACAUCCUUUUCUCCUUUUUCUUUUUCUAAAGGAGAGUUCUUGAUUAUUUUCCAUUCAUGCAUUUCAUUUUAGAUUUUAGAAAGGGAAAGAAUACAAAUGAAAUAAAUCAGAAUAUUAAUUCAAUCACUUUUUCUACUCCUAUUUUCAAUAAAAAGUGUAACAAAAAAAACCAAACAAAAAGUUGAUUUGUAAAUAAGUAAUGUACAGUUUGUAUCUGUAACUUGUCAGUCUGUCAUUGGUGACAGAGUCUGUCUUGCUUAUAACGCACGCUACCAGUAAAUAAAAAAGGAAAAAGUAUAUUUAGACUGUAUGGUCCCUUGAAAGCAAGUUUUAAAUUAAUAUCUGAUGUAUAUUCCUGUAACAUUGCAUUUUUAUCUGAGGAAUGAUGUUAUUAAAAAAUUGCAAAUAAAUUGCAUUUCCUACA